CAGUUCCUCACCUAACAAUAGCUACAGUCGUUUUCAUCUCUGUGCAGCAAAGACUAAUAACUUUGGAUUACUCUUCAUUGCUUCCUGUCAGCUACUUCUGAGGAAAAGUGAAAUCCACAUAAAUCUUUCCAUCCUGUGGCUGUCAGCAUGGACAUGUUCUUCCGCCGGCACUUCCGCCGGAAGUUGGAUCCAUGCCGGUGUCACAGGCCCAGUGUUGCCGUGGCUGCGAGCAAAGCCCGCCGGCGCUCGAGUGUGGGUUUGGCCAGCGCUGGCUUGACUCAGCGCCGCAGGUCCAGCGUGGGCCUUCCAGGACCCGGGGCUCUUCUGGCCCAGCACAGGCCCUCGCCGCCGCAGGCCUCCGGUGGGAAGAUGCUGCGGAGGCAGAAGAUGGGCCGCCGACGCUCCAGCACCACCAGCACCUGCAUCAGCCCACGCUUCUCUGUGCGCCGCCGCCGUGCCGCUAAGCUACGCACCAUCGACACCCACCUGCUGGGGCCCUCCAUGCUGCUGGCCAGUCUGGUGCAGAUGAGCGAGGAGAAGGAGGCCAUACAGCCGGUGGACGAGGCAGAGACGGAGGAGGGAUGUGAGGAUGAUGCCUCUUCAGCCUCUGGCUUCGAAUCUCUAGACGGCAGCAGCAGUGACUUUGAGGAAGAAGCAGACACUUGCCCAGACGGGCAAACAGAGAGCACUUCCUGGGAACUUCUGCAUGGCCUUGAGGCUACAACAGCAGAAGGCCUCCAGCCUCGACCGCUGAUUCGUGCACCCCGCUGCCUGCGUCGCAAUUCCUCUCACUUGUUACCAGCUGAUGCCGUGUACCACAGCAGGACAUCAUAUGGCCUUUAUGGGCGAUACCGCCGGUCUAGCCAGGCCCGCCAGCCCUCCUUUAGCCCCAACUCCGCUGCACCCUGGCAGGGUAAGGCAGGCCUGGCCGUGGGGCCCCUGAAGUCAGUGACUGGACGUAGGGGCUCUACUUCCCUCUACAGGAAGUGUUCAGCAUGCUGGAAGCUCUCUGGCCAAAGAGACUCUCUUAGUCACCCUCAGUGCCCGUACUAUGACCCCCGCGUGGACACCUGGAGUGGGUUCCUCUCGAAAGCUAUUGCUAAAUCAGGCCUGCAGCAUCUGUCUACCCAGCCCUGUGCCUCUGCCUUGGCCAAGAGUGAGGACCGGGAGAUCCGUUCCAGUGUGGACUGGAGUGAGAAUGCUGUGUAUGGAGAACACAUCUGGUUUGAGACUAAUGUCUCUGGGGACUUCUGUUAUGUUGGAGAACAGCACUGCCUUGCCAAGACACUGCAAAAAUCUGUCAUGCGAAAAAAAUGUGCGGCCUGCAAGAUAGUGGUUCAUACCAUCUGCAUCGAGCAGCUGGAGAAGUUGUCGCAAACAGAGGCCCAACUGCUGGGUCAGUGGCUGGAUAAGCUGCCCCACAAAGACCAAGCUUUCCGAAUUAAUUUUAGAUGUAAACCAUCAUUCAGGGAAUCAGGAUCCAGAAAUAUUCGGGAACCUUCAAUAGUGCGACAUCACUGGGUCCACAGGCGUCGACAGGAUGGGAAGUGUCGACAAUGUGGGAAGGGUUUCCAGCAGAAGUUUGCAUUUCAUAGCAAAGAGAUUGUGGCCAUCAGCUGUUCCUGGUGUAAGCAGGCAUACCACAAUAAGGUGACCUGCUUCAUGCUGCAACAGAUUGAAGAAGCCUGUUCUCUGGGUGCGCACGCUGCAGUCAUUGUGCCCCCCACAUGGGUCAUUCGUGUACGCAGACCUCAGUCAUCACUUAAAUCUAGUAAAAAGAAGAAACGGACCUCAUUCAAACGCAAAUCCAGCAAGAAGGGAGCUGAGGAGGCUCGCUGGAAGCCUUUCAUUGUCAGGCCCAUCCCCUCCCAGCUAAUGAAGCCCGUGCUCGUGUUCGUCAACCCUAAGAGUGGGGGCAAUCAGGGAGCCAAAAUCAUCCAGUCUUUCAUGUGGUACCUCAAUCCCAGACAAGUGUUUGACCUCAGCCAAGGAGGGCCAAAGGAUGGCUUAGAAAUGUAUCGCAAAGUCCACAACCUGCGGAUUUUAGCCUGUGGGGGUGAUGGAACAGUGGGAUGGAUACUGUCUACCCUGGACCAGCUAAAUUUGAAUCCUCAGCCUGCCGUGGCUGUUCUUCCUCUUGGCACGGGAAAUGACCUGGCCAGGACACUUAACUGGGGAGGGGGCUAUACGGAUGAACCCGUGUCCAAGAUCUUAUCUCACGUGGAAGAUGGGAACAUUGUCCAGCUGGACCGCUGGAACCUCAUGGUGGAGCCCAAUGUGGAGGCUGCAGGAGAGGAGAAAGAUGACCAGCAGACUGAUAAACUUCCCCUGGAUGUGUUCAACAACUACUUCAGCCUCGGCUUUGACGCUCAUGUGACAUUAGAGUUCCAUGAAUCUCGAGAAGCCAACCCUGAGAAAUUUAACAGCCGUUUCCGUAACAAGAUGUUCUAUGCCGGGACUGCGUUCUCAGACUUCCUCAUGGGUAGCUCUAAAGAUCUGGCCAAGCACAUCAAGGUUGUGUGUGAUGGCACGGACCUCACCUCAAAAGUGCAGGAGUUGAAACUGCAAUGCCUCGUGUUCCUGAACAUCCCACGGUACUGUGCUGGCACUAUGCCCUGGGGGAAUCCCAGUGAGCACCACGACUUUGAGCCCCAACGGCAUGAUGACGGUUGUAUUGAGGUGAUCGGCUUCACCAUGACUUCACUGGCCACACUGCAGGUCGGAGGUCAUGGCGAGAGGUUGAACCAGUGCAGAGAGGUCACCUUGACCACGUACAAGUCCAUCCCCAUGCAGGUGGACGGGGAGCCCUGCAAGCUGGCGCCCUCCACCAUUCACAUCUCCCUGAGAAACCAGGCCAACAUGGUACAGAAGACCAAGAGAAGGACCUCUAUCCCACUGCUCAACGACCAACAGGCUUUUCCAGAGAGGCUGCGGAUACGUGUGAACCGCAUCAGCAUGCAUGACUAUGAGGCCCUGCACUAUGACAAGGAGAAACUCAAAGAGGCUUCCAUCCCACUGGGACUCAUUGUUGUUCCGGGAGACAGUGACCUGGAAACAUGCCGGUCUCAUAUCGAGAGGCUACAAGAGGAGGGCGAUGGGAACAAAUCAAAGACCCUGUCCUCUCAGAGGCUCUCACCAAAGUGGUGCUUCCUGGACUCUACUACUGCAGACCGCUUUUAUAGGAUUGAUCGUGCACAGGAGCACCUGAACUAUGUGACUGAGAUCUCGCAGGAUGAGCUCUUCAUUCUGGAUCCUGAGUUGGUUGUCACGGAGACUGUGAGCACAUCACCUGGGAUGCCUGAACUGGUGGACUCUUCAGAGGAAUUCACAGCCAGCUCACGCAAAUUUGCUUUUCCAUCCUCCUCCUCUUCUCCACCCGCUUCUCCUGACCCCAGAGUUCUGGAGCUCCAGCGGACGUCUCAGAGGAAGCGUGUGUCCAGUGACAGCUCGGUAGCGGAGGCACUCAGUCAUGGCGACUCCAUGAGGGCCACCAAACCAGCGCUCAGCAGGGUGGGGGGUGUUCACCGUUCAAACACAACAGCGGCUGAUUUUAAACCAACUAGCAGGUCUGAGAGAAAUGCACUGUGCAGCGCAGACUCAGUCACAGUUGAAGAGCUGAUUGAAUGUGUAAAGAGCAAGGACCAUCAAAGGUUGAAAGACCUCCAUAAACGUGGUGCCAACCUAGCGGUGCAGGAUCCCCACGGCCGCACUCUCCUGCACCAUGCCGUGGGGGUGGGGAGCAAAGAGAUCGUGCGCUACAUUAUUGACAACGCACCCGUCGAUAUCUUGGAUGUAACAGAGGGAGAAAAUGGGGAGACUGUCUUGCACAAAGCUGCGUCAUUGUGUCACAGGACCAUCUGUCACUACCUGGUGGAGGCAGGCGCCUCCUUGAUGAAGACAGACUUACAAGGUGACACACCAAAGCACCGUGCAGAGAAGGCCAAGGACGCCGAGCUGGCCGCCUAUCUGGAGAACCGCCAGCACUACCAGAUGAUCCAGCGAGAGGACCAAGAGACUGCAGUGUGAUGGAGAACCGGCCUUUUCUCACUUUAGCCUCCUUUACUUGUGCCAAACCAAUGCCAACCAAAUAUACGCAAACUCAUGGGAUUUGUAGCUUUGGUGGGAAUGCAUUUCAAUGCCUUCAUCUAGACAGCGAGAGCAGCCGGAGUGUGUGGCUAACGAGUGGUGUUCUGCUAACAUAAGCAAUGUCAUGUUCAAAUUAGCAGAUCUUAUAUUUAUUUAUUGCACUGCCAAAAGCAUAGUGUGUGUUUAUGUUCAUGUGUGCAUAUGUAUGUUGUAUCUUUCUGUGUGUGUGUGUGUGUGUGUGUGUGUGUGUGUGUGUGAGAGAGAGAGCGAGAGAGAGAGUGAGAUUAGAAGAAAUGAAGUGGAUUGUUUAGAUUUCAAAGUUCAUGUUGAGCUGCAAAACUGAAUGUUUGGUGAGUUGAUAGAAAGCUUGUGGAUUACAUGGGUUUUGAGUUUGGUCAAUUAAAGAUAGAAAAUGUGAUUUGAAUUAAAUAAAUUACUUUUCAGUGGCUGUUAUCCUGAACUUUUCAACAUCUGACGUGGAUUUGGAGAUUGAAAUAUUCUGAAGAGAUCAGUUGUGGAUCUCAAAAGGAUCCAAUUGAGCAUCUGUAUUGCUAUGGACUAUCUGUGUGAGCAGCCUGCCAUGAUGAUGGCGUUGUUGAGUCGGUGGUGUCAGAUCUUCAUUAGUUAAAUACUGCUGUUGAGCUUGCGUUCAUGUCUCCUCUCUUUACACUGUAUUCUUUCUCUACACAUAAUUCACCAUCAUUACAUAGGAGGGUGUAUAGGGAGCUCACUGAGGUCCCUAUAUCAGUGUAAACCUCUACACAUAAUUCACCAUCAUUACAUAGGAGGGUGUAUAGGGAGCUCACUGAGGUCCCUAUAUCAGUGUAAACCUCUUUUUGCUACUUUAUGUUAUAUAGCCUCCAAUGGGUUGUUUCCCAUGAGAACAUACUGUAGUAAAUGGUACUGUAAGUGUAUCUUAGAAGCCAUCUGUCAAAGCAGUUUUGCACUGUAGGUUAAAUUGCCUUGAAUAUAUUUUCUCUCUAUGGCUGAUUAUUGGAAUUUCUACUUGAUGUACUAAAGUAAUUGUUUAUUUCAUAUGACAUUUUACGGUAAAUGGAUGUUUGUAUAUUUUUUAGCAAUGAAUUUCUGUGCCGUCAUGUUUGUAUUAUAAAAACAAUUGUAAAUUUGAUAAUUUUUUUUCUCAAAGUACAGAGCAAUUUUAUCUCUGUUACACCUACUUGUGCGUGUACUCACUUCUUUAAUGAAUUUGACCUUCAAAAAUGUCAUAGCAGUAUGUCAGCUUCUGCUGUAAAAUUCUAGGUGAAAAGAUAUUAUUAUUAUUAUUAUUAUUAUUAUUAUUUGUGGAUACUAUUUAUUUUCAACUAGUACUAAACUUGCAACAUCAGAUUUUAAACAAUACUAAACAUUGGAACAUUUCAUGCAUAUAGUUGUACUGCUUCACACAUAAUUCUGCAGAGUAGUGGUAGUUUUCAGUCACAGAAAGCACUCCACAGCAUAUUUCUAUUGUUUUUGAUUUAUUCAGCUUUCUCUCUAUCUGAGCUACUGUCACUACCUAAAAUGUACAUGUAUUCUUUUCCCUUUUCUAACAGUUUUCAUUGGUCUUCUUUUGUGGUUCUCUGGUCCCCCCAAUCCAAAUAGCUUGUUUGAAUACAAACAGUUUCAUGUAAUCACAUCACUCUCACAACAUCCUGGGCUAACCGUUUGACUACAGUACAUACAGUAGGAAAGAUGAAUGGCCAUCCUCCAUGUAGCAUCAUGCGCUGCGUCAUGUGCCAGACUGCAUUUCUCUCCUUGAUUCAGGAGCCAACUCAAGGCUAGUGAGUGGUAGAGUUAGUGGUAAGGCAAAACCUAAAGCCUUUCAUUCACUAUAAGAAUUCGAUGGCAGAAUGUCCACAAUAUGAUCUUUAUUGAAAGAUUGAAAUUAGAUAUUUUGUGAAUUCCUUUUUGUGAAUUCCUUAUUAAAUAACUUUCAUUAACAUAAACAUUUUUAUUUUUAUUAAUUAUAUUUCAGAACGGCCCAGUGUCCGUUUAGAAUAUAACAAUAUUGUCAAAUCAAACAUUGCUCAUUCAAAUUUGAAUAUAGCUAAUAUUGUAAUUUGUAUUCCAUUAUUGCUCCAGAUUAAAAUUAGCAUGAUUUGAUUGUCCUAAUUAUUUCAGCGCAAGUACAAAAGACUUUUGAAGCAGGCAUUUUGACACAAUACUCAAAUGUUUGAAGGGCUGUAGGUUUCUUUUUUUUAUUUCAUCUAAAGCCCUUUUCUCUUAUGAUGUGUGCAUCAGGUUAGAGGCAGAUCUACUGACCUUGUAAAAAUAUCAGAAGACCAAAUAUAAUGCACCUUUUGCACAAGACAGGUGUUUGUGUCUUGUCACUGUUUCAAUAUCCCAUUGUGCAGGUUACAAAUGGAGAAUCCUUUAAUAUGGCGCUUUAAGUGCUCUGCCAUGUACAUAGCCUACUAUAUUUCCAAUCAGCUACUGGACCCUUGAACCAUCACAUGAAUGUUGUGUGGUGUAUGAACCAUAUAAAAUAAACAGGAGCUCAGAAACGUCUGUGCUGGUGCUCAUGGGUAACUAAUACUGUACAAUAUCUUAUACGGACCACAAUCACAUUCAACAUGUUGUGACAAGAUGUGUACAUUUUAGAUACUGAUGCUAGCCAUGACAUGGAUUCAGUGUACAUACUGUGACUAUAUCAGUAAAGAAUGGAUUUUAAACCAUUAAUACAGUGGAACUAAAAACUGAUCUGACUUA